GACCUCCCAGAACCAGGUUGUGGACUCGCAGCGUCACCUGUUCCUGUCUCACCUUUAAAGAUUUUUUAAAGAAAUGAAUAAUUAAAAUAUGAGCCACUGUGGGUGGGGGAGGAUGGACCAAUCAGAGCGCAGCAAUAAUGGGACUGAAGCUGCAGGCUCAGACUGUGUGACAGGAAGUGAAGCCCCGCCCCUCCUCCCCACUCCCUCAGUGUGUAGCUGUACUGUACUCUGUGUGUGUGUGUGUGUGCGUGCGUGUGUGUGUGUAAAUACUGUACAGAGGAAUUAUUUUAAAGAGCCUGAUGAUGAUGAUGAUGUUUCCUACUCUUCGUUUUGUCUGUAGCCUCUGUUUUUCUACUGUUGUUGAUCUGACAUUAAACCUGUAGCUGGUGGAACGGGGCCUCGACCUCUGAGUCCUUCAUUCUUUAAGUUCACACAGAAAGUUCUUAGAACCUGUUUGGACAGACAGCGAUGCCGGUGGUUCAUCGUCAUCCUCGUCUCAUCUGUCCCGGGCUUUGAAGUAAGCUAACAAUUAGCACCUUUUCUGUUGUGCACAUUUUACUGCUAAUAUAUAAUAUAUAUAAUUCUUUGAUUGCCUUAAUGAAUCUGUCAUGUAUUUACAGCCAAACCUGUGCCACGGUCUCAGGUUGAUCACCCUUGUUGAUGUCAGAUGUACUGAAGAUUUAACAGUGAAGGUGAACACAUCAGAUAGGAAUCUGUCACUGACUCAUCGUUGCCAAUCACUGUUUUCAGUGAAAUCUGGGAUGGAUUUAAUUAUGAGGAAUAGUACUAGGAAUAGUUCACAACGGAGGAAGUGCUAGUUGUUUCAAUAUGCACUCCCUGUAAUAUCGCAAAAACCCACCAGAGGGCAUCCAUCCUGUAAAUAGACUCAUGGUUGAAUUGAGAGGAGAGUCCGUGUGGUGGAGAAACCAGGUGGAGGCGCUGUUGCGCUGCUGAAAAUAGGAUGAGCAGGUUCAUCGAAAUGUUGGUCCUUGCGCUGUCCACUCCUGCUGCUCCUCCUGCUCACGUGGAUUCUUGGAUUCACAGUCCCUUCUUCUCACAUGUUUCAUGCCUCCUCCCCUCGAUUUCUGAGUAUUUUAAAAGUCAAGAAGCAGAUGAUUUGGGUUUUACUGUCCUCAAUAAAACAAUGCUCUAUUAUGUCAACUAUAUAUUUAUAUAAUGGUUUAUGAAUGAUGUUAUAAUGUUUGUAGAUUAGUGACGACGUGAGGGUUGGGCGACGUUUUCUCUACACCACGGUGAGAACCUCGUCUGUCUUUUUUUUUGGCUUGUGCGUUUUAAUUUCAGAACAACUUCCGGUUGUCUGUGCUGUGGCUUCCGUUCACAACAGUCAACUUGACUCGAACUCAGAUACAGGCUGUAGACACGGUUGGCGGAGCUGUGGGGAGACCGUACGGCCAGUUCAGAGUCGUGGUGGAGCUGGAGCCAAUACCAACAGUCACCAGAAGAGGGCGCCCUUAUUACAAGAAGACCACAGGUUCAAGUCCUGGCCUUAACGUUUGUGAUGACAUCAGAGAAUGUGGAGCACGUUGAUGACAUCACUGCUCCACCUAAUCCUGUGCUGGACGUCCACAUGGAGGAGGUGGGACACUGCCAUCUACCCAUCAGGCUGCAGCUGAUUGAUGACCUGUCGUAUGAAGAUGUGAAGAAGUGCUACAGAGGAUCAACUGUUAACAAGUACAACUCUCAGUUCCACAAACUGUUCAAGGCUGUUCCAAAGGAGGAGAUCCUGAUGAAAGUUUACUCCUGUGCGUUGUUGAGGGACAUCCUGCUGCAGGGUCGACUCUACAUCUCCAGACACUGGCUCUGCUUCUACGCCAACCUGUUUGGGAAGGACAUCAAGGUCUGUAUUCCAGUGGUUUCGAUGCGGCUGGUGAAGAAGCACAAGACGGCAGGACUGGUGCCAAAUGGUCUGGCCAUCACCAUGGACACUGGACAGAAGUACGUGUUUGUGUCCCUUCUGUCCAGAGAAAGUGUCUACGACGUCCUCAGGAGGAUCUGCACUCACCUGCAGGUGAACGGGAAAAGUCUGAGUCUGAAGCAGUUGCUGGAGGAACCCAGUUCUCUGUCCAUGGACGAGUUUCCAGAGGUGCUGAAGUGGAGAAGGAAACCGUCUCUCCCCCCUGUGUCCUCCUCCCUCCCUGACCUUCUGGGAAACUCCGCCCCCAGCCUGGCCACAGACCCGCCCUUCAGCACCCACACACUCUCUGAGAGCACUCUGGAUCCAGAGCAGAUCCUUCUGACAGAACCAGUACCAGAACUUGGUCCCACAGACUUCCAGCUGCUCAAGCUUUUCAUCCUGCUUGUGCUCCUGCUCCUCCUCUCCUCCUGUUACCUGGCCUUCAGGGUGUGUCGUCUGGAGCAGCAGCUCUCCUCCCUCAGCUGUCCGUCUACCGUCCGACACAGGUGUGGAGACGCCCCCUGCUGGCUCACCAGUCAGAGGACAGGAACAUGACACUGAGUCAAACCAGCAGUAGAGCAUGCCAUGACGCAGACUGAGCGGUAGAGGGCACUCAUGUCAGACAGCCUGAGUGAAGUUUGUCAAACUGAAGACACAGAGUAAUGUGUCUUUUCUGAUUUGUCCUCUAGAGGUACCAGAGAGCACACAGUAAAGUUGACUAACAUCAGCUAACAGAGUGAUGUCGUUUUCACAACAUUUAACAGUUGGACCAGACUAGAGUUCUCUGGGCCAGGAUCCAGUCUGAACUGGUACCAACUGCUCUGUACUACACUGAUUCCAGUAACAUUUCAGAGUAUUCCAGCGUGAAGUAAACUGGUUUGAAUACUCCCUGUACAGAAGAUGGAAUAAUAAAAGUUGAGCUGAGAACUGA